AUGCAAUAUCUAGAGCUGCCGACUGAGGUUCUCUCUAUUAUCUGUGAAAACUUGGAUAUAAAGGACAUACUGAAACUCAGGUUAUGCAAUAAGAAACUUAGCAACUUAAUAUUGUAUUUAGAAUUCUGGAAGGAGAUAUCUCGAAGAAACUGGACAUGCCACAUAGACGAUGAUUUGAUAUUACAAAGUCAUAUUAAUUGUCAUAGGGAUGCAAUUUUUGAAAUAGGUACACAAUGGUUUUAUUUCUAUAAAAGGUAUUUUGUAAUGGAGCAUGACAUUCUAAAUAAGGUCAAAACAAUUACAACUCAUCUGAACUCAGCAACAUCAUACGUUGAAAAGUCUAAGCAAAUUAUCAUGGAGAGUGAUUACGAUAUUUAUUUUGCAUUAAGUAAUAUUAUUAAUACCAGUAUUAACAGUUAUAAGGAAAAGAUUUAUAAUCAAUCUUUUGAGAUCACCUCUAUAUGCAAAAGAUUAAAUUUGACAUUACUGACAAACUUGUUCAUAGAAGAAUUUUAUCCCAAAAUACUAUUGUCUUCCGAUAUUUUUGACUUAGAAUCAAAUGUUUUAUUGCCCCUAUCUUUAAUAGAUCCAAGUUAUCACUAUUUGCAUUGUUAUAGAGCUAUUUUCUAUCGCUCCUUUGAGAAACAUAUUGUUAGCAAAUUCACUACAAUCGAUGAUUUUUUAGACCACUCUCUUGUACAGAGAGUAUUGGAAAUAUCGACAUAUUUAAAUAAUAAUUUAAAAGGAGUAUACCAAAACAAUGAUAACUAUACUUGCAUAAACAAUUAUAGUUUGCUGCGUAUAUAUUCCAAAGCCAAUGCUGGAAGGCCAAUUUUACGGUUAGUCAUCUUACAGUAUCUUUUAAACAAGUACCAUGUAAUAUCGGUAAUUUCCAACAAUAUUUUGACCAUUAGAGGUAAUGGCAAAGAACAUGUUUGUUACAUAAUUAUUGAUAAAACUCUACGCUUUAAACUUGUGAAUAAACAGAACAUGUUAUCCAUUUUAUUGGAAGCUUAUGGUCGAACUGGAUAUCGAGAAUCUAGAGAACUCUUUUUUAGAAAAUUCUUCAACCCACUCCGUGGUAAAGAUCUCUUAAACAUGCUUCUUGAAGAAGUAUGUGAAAACAUAGCAAUUGAAAACGACCCCAUACCUGUUGAAGAAAGUACUAUAUGUCCCGAAAAUAUGAGAUCAGAUGUUUUUAAAUACCUUGCUAUAAUUAAUCAUCUCUGGACUCCAACAAAUAAUGAACUUGAUUCAUUCGAUUAUGUUUUAUACCCACAGCUAUUUUCUUAUAAAGGUAUAGUUCGAGAAGAGAAAGUGGCCCUGUCAUAUUGGAACCUACCCAUCCAUAAUAAGCUACAGUUGAAUAUGGAAAACAUUGGGUAUAUUCAGCAAUUUGACACACGCAUGAAAGUAAUAAUAUUCGAAAAUACAGUACAUAGAAUACACAUGGAUAGUAACGGGACUAUAACUAGAACAAGUAGAACCUAUACUCAGGGUCAAAAUUUAUUGAGUGGUCCCAAGUUGGAGCAGUUUGUUUUCAAUAUCUCAGUAUUACAUUUUGGCAAAUAUUUCAAAUCUUUUAAUUGGAAUGAUAAAAGGUUUAUAAUGAAUGAGAACUAUCGAUUAUUAUUAGAGAAACACAUCAAGCAUAUAACUGAAAUAAGCCAAAAAUUGCAUUGA